AUGGAGUACGAUAUGGCCGACAUGGAGGAGCCCACGGGCCCUCAGGUCACCGUUCGUGAAGUGGAAGCCAACCGUGUUGACUUCAGACUGAGCUCAGUUGACCUCGCGCUUGCUAACUCCCUCCGCCGUGUCAUGCUCGCCGAAGUGCCAACCGUCGCGCUCGACCUCGUCGAAAUCGAAGCCAACACCUCCGUUCUUCCCGAUGAAAUGCUUGCUCACCGCCUCGGCAUGAUUCCCCUCGUUUCGACGAACUGCGACCAAGACCUUGAAUACACGCGUGACUGCGACUGCGAGGACCACUGUGUCCGGUGCAGUGUCACCUUGUCUCUCCACGCGAAGUGUUCAAAUGGCAUUAUGUCAGUCUAUGCGCGCGAUCUCAUGGUCCAGGGCGAACGUGUGAAUGACACAAUUGGAAACCCCGUUAUCACUGACCCCGAAGGAAAGGGUUCGGUGAUUGUCAAGCUUCGCAAAGGUCAGGAGAUUAAAAUGACUUGUCUCGCCAAGAAAGGAACGGGAAAGGAGCACGCCAAAUGGGCGCCCACUUCCGCUGUCGGCUUCGAAUAUGAUCCCCACAAUAACUUGCGCCACGUCGAUUACUGGUAUGAGCAGGAUCCUGCUAAGGAGUGGCCCAUCUCUGCAAAUGCCGCCUGGGAGACCGCUGCCAACCCCGACCAGCCCUUUGACUACGAUGCCGAGCCAAACACCUUCUACUUUGACGUGGAGAGCAUCGGAAAUCUUGCACCAGACGCUAUCGUUCAGCAAGGAAUCAUCUGCUUGCAGCGUAAGCUGGCUACCACCGUCUCUGUGCUACAGGGUGAAACUGAGGAUGGUCACGUCGGAGGUCACGACGACACCGACAUGAUGGGAGGUGGUGACGCGGAUGGUUACGAGCCCCCGGAGGGUAUCGAUGGAAACAUGACUUCGUAUGGCAACGGUGCUGGCAGUACCUGGGGAGCCAGUGCACAGACUCCAUACGGUGCCACGCCGUAUGGACAGAGCGCCUACGGAUACUAG